AUGGCCUCCAACUCAGCCUCCGCCCCGUCCGGCGCAAAGGAUGCCGUCCUCGUCAAGUCCGAGGAGAUGCCCGCGGGCUCCCAGAAGGUCGAGGAGCUCGACUUCAACAAGCUCAAGGGCCGGCCCGUCACGGCCGACGACCUGCUGCAGGGCAUGCGCAACAUGGGCUUCCAGGCCUCGUCCAUGUGCGACGCCGUGCGCAUCAUCAACGACAUGCGCGCCUGGCGCGACCCCGAGACGGGCGACCGCACCACCAUCUUCCUCGGCUACACCUCCAACCUCAUCUCGUCGGGGCUGCGCGGCGUCCUGCGCUACCUGGUCCAGCACAACCACGUCUCCGCCAUCGUCACCACCGCCGGCGGCAUCGAGGAGGACUUCAUCAAGUGCCUCGGCGACACCUACAUGUCCCCCGGCGGCUUCAGCGCCCCGGGCAAGGACCUGCGCGCCAGGGGCCUCAACCGCAUCGGCAACCUCGUCGUGCCCAACUCCAACUACUGCGCCUUUGAGGACUGGGUCGUGCCCAUCCUCGACAGCAUGCUCGACGAGCAGGAGGCCAGCAAGGCCGCCGGGAGGCACGUCGACCCCUCCACCGGCGACGAGGCCGACGGCGAGCUGGUCUGGACGCCCUCCAAGGUCAUCCACCGCCUCGGCAGGGAGAUCAACAACGAGUCCUCCGUCUACUACUGGGCCUGGAAGAACAACAUCCCCGUCUUCUGCCCCGCCCUCACCGACGGCAGCCUCGGCGACAUGCUGUACUUCCACACCUUCAAGUCCUCGCCCCGGCAGCUGAGGGUCGACAUCGUCGAGGACAUCCGCAAGAUCAACACCAUCUCGGUCCGCGCCAAGCGCGCCGGCAUGAUCAUCCUGGGCGGCGGCCUGGUGAAACACCACAUCGCCAACGCCUGCCUGAUGAGGAACGGCGCCGAGUCCGCCGUCUACAUCAACACCGCCCAGGAGUUCGACGGGAGCGACGCCGGCGCGAGGCCCGACGAGGCCGUCAGCUGGGGCAAGAUCAAGGCCGGGGCUGACAAUGUCAAGGUCUACAUGGAAGCAACAGCAUGCUUCCCUUUCAUAGUGGCCAACACCUUCGCCAAGGACCAGGAGGACGCUGCUUAG